AUGGCUGGGAGGGCCACGGAAGAGAGAGGACUGCAGAAGGGGGCCACUUCCCUGGACGCCUCGGGCCUGCAGGACAGCUUGUUCUCCUCCGAAAGUGACAACAGCCUGUACUUCACCUACAGUGGCCUGCCCAAUACCCUGGAGGUCAGAGACCUCAGCUACCAGGUGAAUGUGAACUCGCAGAUGCCAUGGUUUGAGAAGCUGGCUCAGUUCAAGAUACCUUGGACAUCUCACGGCAGCCAGGAUUCUAGUGAGCUUGGCAUCCAAAACCUGAACUUCCGAGUGAGAAGCGGGCAAAUGCUGGCCAUCAUUGGUAGUGCAGGCUGUGGCAGAGCCUCGCUGCUGGACGUGAUCACCGGCCGAGACCACGGCGGCAAGAUUAAGUCAGGCCAAAUCUGGAUCAACGGGCAGCCCGGCACACCUCAGCUGGUGAGGAAGUGUGUGGCCCAUGUGCGCCAGCAUGACCAGCUGCUUCCCAACUUGACCGUCCGCGAGACCCUGGCGUUCAUUGCCCAGAUGCGCCUGCCCAGAAGUUUCUCCCAGGCCCAGCGUAACAAAAGGGUGGAGGACGUGAUUGCCGAGCUGCGGCUGCGACAGUGUGCUGACACCCGCGUGGGCAACACCUACCUGCGGGGGGUGUCGGGGGGCGAGCGCAGGAGGGUCAGCAUCGGAGUGCAGCUCCUGUGGAACCCAGGCAUCCUCAUUCUCGACGAACCCACCUCUGGGCUUGACAGCUUCACGGCGCACAACCUGGUGAGGACCUUGUCCAGGCUGGCCAAGGGCAACCGGCUGGUGCUCAUCUCCUUGCAUCAGCCCCGCUCGGAUAUCUUCAGGCUGUUUGACCUGGUCCUCCUGAUGUCAUCCGGCACCACCAUCUACCUGGGGGCAGCUCAGCACAUGGUCCAGUACUUCACGGCCAUCGGCCACCCCUGUCCUCGCUACAGCAACCCUGCCGACUUCUAUGUGGACCUCACCAGCAUCGACAAGCGCAGCAGAGAGCAGGAAGUGGCCACCAGGGAGAAAGCUCAGGCACUUGCAGCCUUGUUUCUGGAGAAAGUGCGUGACUUAAAUGACUUUCUGUGGAAAGCAGAGCCCAGGGAGCUCGACGUGGGCACCUGUGCAGGGAGCCCGGACCUCCCACAGGACAGCAGCUGCCUCCCAGCUCCUGCAAAGCCACCUGGGGCCGUGCAGCAAUUCACCACACUGAUCCGCCGGCAGAUCUCCAACGAUUUCCGGGACCUGCCCACCCUCCUCAUCCACGGGGCAGAGGCCUGCCUGAUGUCCCUGACCAUCGGCUUCCUCUUUUACGGCCAUGGGGGCAUCCAGCUCCCCUUCAUGGACACGGCAGCCCUCUUGUUCAUGAUCGGCGCUCUCAUCCCCUUCAACGUGAUUCUGGACGUCAUCUCCAAGUGUUACUCAGAGAGGGCAAUGCUGUACUAUGAACUGGAAGACGGGCUUUACACCGCGGGUCCAUAUUUCUUUGCCAAGAUCCUAGGGGAGCUUCCAGAACACUGCGCUUACAUCGUCAUCUAUGGGAUGCCCACCUACUGGCUGGCCAACCUGCGGCCGGGCCCCGAGCCCUUCCUGCUACACUUCCUGCUGGUGUGGCUGGUGGUCUUCUGCUGCCGGGUCAUGGCCUUGUGUGUCGCGGGUCUGCUCCCCACCUUCCACAUGGCCUCCUUCUUCGGCAACGCCCUGUACAACUCCUUCUACCUCACCGGGGGCUUCAUGAUAAGCCUGAACAGCCUGUGGACAGUGCCCACGUGGAUAUCCAAGGUGUCCUUUCUCCGAUGGUGUUUUGAAGGGUUGAUGAAAAUUCAGUUUAGCAAGUGUGAUUAUAAGAUGCAGAUGGGCAACUUCACCGUCUCAGUCUCAGGAGACAAAAUCCUCAGCGCCAUGGACCUGAACUCGUACCCGCUUUACGCCAUCUACCUCAUCGUCAUUGGCAUCAGUGCCGGCUUCAUGGUCCUGUACUAUGUGUCCUUACGGUUCAUCAAACAGAAAUCGAGUCAAGACUGGUGA